AUGAGUUGCCAACCUUUUACUUCGGCUGAUACCUUUAUACCUCUGAAUUCCGAGUCUUCUGCAACUCUGCCUCUGAUAAUGCAUCACAGCGCUGCCGAGUGCCUCCCGGUCUCCAACCACGCCACCAAUGUGAUGUCUACAGUCCCAUCUAUUUUGUCUUUGAUCCAAACUCCUAAAUGUUUGUGUGCAUAUUUCCUGGUGACAUCGUUGGGAAACACAGCAACAGGACUUCAUUAUUCUGUUCCUUCCUGUCAUUAUGGAAACCAGCCAUCGACCUAUGGAGUGAUGGCAGGUAGCUUAACCCCUUGUCUUUACAAGUUUCCUGACCACACCUUGAGUCAUGGCUUUCCUCCCAUGCACCAGCCUCUUCUGGCAGAAGACCCCACCGUCACUGAUUUCAAGCAGGAACUCAGGCGGAAAAGUAAACUGAUUGAAGAGCCGAUAGACAUGGAUUCUCCGGAAAUCCGAGAACUUGAGAAAUUUGCCAAUGAAUUUAAAGUGAGAAGAAUUAAGUUAGGAUACACCCAAACCAAUGUCGGGGAAGCCCUGGCAGCUGUGCAUGGCUCAGAAUUCAGUCAAACGACUAUCUGCCGAUUUGAAAACCUGCAGCUCAGCUUUAAAAAUGCAUGCAAACUAAAAGCAAUAUUAUCAAAAUGGCUGGAGGAAGCAGAGCAAGUCGGAGCUUUAUACAAUGAAAAAGUGGGAGCAAAUGAAAGGAAAAGGAAGCGAAGAACAACUAUAAGUAUCGCUGCUAAAGAUGCUCUGGAGAGACACUUUGGAGAACAGAAUAAACCUUCCUCUCAAGAGAUCAUGCGAAUGGCUGAAGAACUGAAUCUUGAGAAAGAAGUAGUAAGAGUUUGGUUUUGCAAUAGAAGGCAGAGAGAAAAACGGGUGAAAACAAGUCUGAAUCAGAGUUUAUUUACUAUUUCUAAGGAGCACCUUGAAUGCAGAUAA